UGACGUCAGCAGGCGGCGCGCCGCCCGCACUGCGGCACCUAGUCCGCUCUCUGAGCCGGAGUGGCUGGCUGGUUGCUGGGUGGCUGCUGGGGCGUCCCGUGACUGCCCCGCCCCGCCCCGCCCCGCGCGGUAGGCAGCUUCGCACCGUCUCAGUGUCCGCCCGGGGGGAACGGGCCGUCGGCCGCUCUGAGCUCAGUUCUCUGGUGUCUGUUUCCUUUUAGGGUGUCAGCUUGGUGCUGAGUCUCGAACCGGUGAAAUGCCUUAAUUACAUCUGAGAAAAGGAUGCUUAUCGAGUCAGGGCUUUAUGUUACAACUUGAUGCUCUCCAUAUAGCUGAGAUAUGCCCACUGUGGAGAGUGAAGCCAAACUGAAAACCAGAGUUCGCUUUGAGGAAUUGCUUAAGACCCACCAUGAUGUUAUACAUGAACGAAAAAAACUGAAGAAAAAAACUGGCAUAUCUGGAGAAAAAACUGUACUUGACGCUGUUAGAAGCAAUCUUCAGAAAAGUAAAGAAACUAAAAGUGAUGAUGUAAGUGCUAGUAACACUAAUAACCCAGAGAAGAUUAUGCCAGUCACUAAAAACAAACUAAGGAAUCUCCAGUCAGCCCCUGAAAAUCCAGAUGAUGUCAGUGCAGAGGAAGACAAGCAAGGAAAGGCGAGUAAAAAGGUAAAAACAGCACUCCAGGUGACUGCACAAGGAAUGGAACCGGCAACUCCCAGGAAGAAGGUGGAUUCUAUGCAUCGGAAAGCACAAACCAGGUCACAGCCAGGUGUUGCUCGUCAGAAAAGUGAGAAGGCAGAUGAAGAAAGAGAAAAUAAUAAUUUAGAUGAGGAAGAAGAGCUGAUGCAAGCAUACCAACUUCAAGUAGCUGAAGAAAUGGCAAAGGAGAUUAAGAAGAAAAUAAGAAAGAAACUCAAAGAACAGUUGACUUACUUUCCUUCAGAUACUUCAUUACAUGAUGGCAAAUUGAACAGUGAGAAAAAAGAUACUUCAUUGCAUGAUGGCAAAUUGAACAGUGAAAAAAAAGUAAAGAAAAAGAAGAAAGUUCCAAUCUCAUCUAAAGCUGAGUCAAGAGCAUACCGACCUAAAGAAGAAGCUAAAAGUAAUCCAGCCAUCCAGAGUACCUUAACCAUCUCUGAUGACACAGUUGAAGGUGAACAAAAGAAGAAAUCUCCAGUUAGAACAGUUACUUCAGAUUCUCAUCAAGAUGGUAAAAUAAGCUCAAUGGAAGAAAAUGGAGAAGACAGCAUGCAAGAGGACACAAAAUCCAAACCAAAAAAAAAGAAAAAGAAGGCCAGAUCAGUUUCAGAUGAUAAAGAAGACACAGGUGGUGAUGGUGUUCAUGAAGUUACAAGCCGAGAUAGUCCUGUCUAUCCCAAAUGUUUGCUUGAUGAUGAUCUUGUCCUGGGAGUUUACAUUCACCGAACUGAUCGACUUAAAUCUGAUUUUAUGAUUUCUCACCCAAUGGUAAAAAUUCAUGUGAUUGAUGAGCAUACUGGUCAAUAUGUCAAGAAAGAUGAUAGUGAACGGCCUGUUUCAUCUUACUGUGAAAAAGAGAAUGUGGAUUACAUUCUUCCCAUUAUGACCCAGCCAUUUGAUUUCAAACAGUUAAAAUCAAGACUUCCAGAAUGGGAAGAACAAAUUAUAUUUAAUGAAAACUUCCCCUAUUUGCUUCGAGAUUCUGAUGAGAGCCCUAAAGUCAUUUUGUUUUUUGAGAUUCUUGAUUUCUUAAGCAUGGAUGAAAUUAAGAAUAACUCUGAAAUUCAAAGUCAAGAAUGUGGCUUUCGGAAAAUUGCCUGGGCAUUUCUCAAGCUUCUUGGAGCCAAUGGAAAUGUAAACAUCAAUUCAAAACUUCGUUUGCAGCUGUAUUACCCACCUACUAAGCCUCGAUACCAAUUAAAUGUUGUUGAGGUUUUUGAAUGGUGGUCAAAACACCCAAGAAAUUGGUACCCAUCAACAUUGUACGUAACUGUAAGAGGACUGAAAGUUCCAGAAUGUAUAAAGCCAUCUUACCAUUCUGUGGUGGCUCUUCAGGAGGAAAAAGGUAAACCAGUGCACUGUGAACGACACCACGAGGCCAGUUCAUUAGAUGCAGAACCUGGACUAGAAGAUUCCAAGGAAGUGGUGAAGUGGAAACGACUACCUGGGCAGGCUUGCCGUAUUCCAAACAAGCACCUCUUCUCACUAAAUGCAGGAGAACGAGGAUGUUUUUGUCUUGCUUUCUCUCACAACGGAAGAAUAUUAGCAGCAGCCUGUGCUAGCAGGGAUGGAUAUCCGAUUAUUUUAUACGAAAUUCCUUCUGGACGUUUCAUGAGAGAAUUGUGUGGCCACCUCAAUAUUAUUUAUGAUCUUUGCUGGUCACAUGACGAUCGCUAUAUCCUUACUGCCUCAUCUGAUGGCACUGCCAGGAUCUGGAAAAAUGAAAUAAAUAGUACCAGUACUUUCAGAGUUUUGCCUCAUCCUUCUUUUGUUUACACGGCUAAAUUCCAUCCCGCUGUGAAAGAGGUGGUGGUUACAGGGUGCUAUGAUUCCGUGGUACGGAUAUGGAAAGUUGAUAUGAGAGAGGAUCCUGCCGUAUUGAUCCGACAGUUUGACACACACAGGAGUUUCAUCAACUCUCUCUGUUUUGAUGUUGAAGGUCAUCACAUGUAUUCAGGAGAUUGCACAGGGGUGAUUGUUGUUUGGAAUACCUAUGUCAGAGUUAAUGAUGUGCCACAUUCAGUGCAUCACUGGAGUGUAAAUAAGGAAAUUAAAGACAGUGAGUUUAAGGGGAUUCCCAUAAGUUAUUUGGAGGUUCAUCCCAAUGGAAAACGAUUGUUAAUCCAUACCAAAGACAGUACUUUGAGAAUUAUGGAUCUCCGAAUAUUAGCAGCAAGGAAAUUUGUAGGUGCAGCAAAUUAUCAGGAAAAGAUUCAUAGUACUUUGACACCAUGUGGGACUUUUCUCUUUGCUGGAAGUGAGGAUGGUAUAGUAUACGUUUGGAACCCAGAAACAGGAGAACAAGUUGCGAUGUAUUCUGACCUGCCAUUCAAAUCACCCAUUCGAGACAUUUCUUAUCACCCACUUGAAAAUAUGGUUGCAUUUUGUGCGUUUGGGCAGAAUGAGCCAAUUCUUCUGUAUAUUUAUGAUUUCCAUGUUGCCCAGCAAGAGGGUGAAAUGUUCAAACGCUACAAUGGGACAUUUCCGUUACCUGGAAUACACCAAAGUCAAGAUGCUUUAUGCACCUGUCCUAAACUGCCUCAUCAAGGCUCUUUUCAGAUAGAUGACUACGUCCAGGCUGACAGUUCUUCAAUGAAGAUGCAGCAAGUGAAACAGAGACUCGAUUCUGUCACAGAGGUGAUACGAGCCUGUACUGCAAAGGUCAACAAAAAUCUCUCGUUUACUUCAAUGCCAGCCUCCUCACAGCCGUCUAAGGUAAAGCAGUCAGACAUGCUGGCCGCUCAUCAGAUUCUUCAUCAGUUUGGUUUCACUCAGACCGGAAUUAUCAACAUAGAAAGAAAGCCUUGUAACCAUCAUGUAGAUACAGCACCAACGGUAGUGGCUCUUUAUGACUACACAGCAAAUCGAUCAGAUGAACUAAGCAUCCAUCGCGGAGACAUUAUCCGAGUGUUUUUCAAAGAUAAUGAGGACUGGUGGUAUGGCAGCAGAGGAAAGGGACAGGAGGGUUAUUUCCCAGCUAAUCAUGUGGCUAGUGAAACACUGUAUCAAGAGCUGCCUCCAGAGAUAAAGGAGCGAUCCCCUCCUUUAACCACAAAGGAGAAGACCAAACUGGAAAAACCUUCUUCAGCUCUUCAAAAGCGGUCAGUCAUUAAGGACAAGUCCCAAGAUUUCAGGUUGGGCUCAGAGUCUGUGACACAUUCUGAAGUGGGCAAAGCGCAGAGCUGUGAGGACCGAGGGCACACAAUGGAUAUGCAGGGGAAGAAGAAUGACCAAACCAGUCAAAAGGUCACCCUAAUAGAGUAAAGAGUUGAAGAAUGAAGAGACAACCAAAUACACAGAAAUGAAAUGACAAAUUAAACCAAAUGGAAUUUCUCUUCAGAGUGAAGAACUUCCAGAUACUAAGGAAGAAAGUAAGGCCCCACUACUCCUUGUCCUUAUGAAAGAAUCUAGAAAAAUCAGAAGCAAGGUAUGAGUAGAAAAAUAAAUGGGGCCUUUUGACCUUAAUUAUUUUAAACCAUUGUGAUUGUUGUUGAUCCGAGUAUUGGUCCUUAUGUGUAUUAGUUAUUGCAUCAGAAUUACAUUACCACCGUUGGAAAACCAAUAAAGAAAAAAACAUAAUUGCCACUCAGCCGAGAUGAAGGAAAAGUGUUUGCACUGUCAGGAUGUCCAUUAAGCAGUCAUUUAAUAUUCUUACAUCUGUAUUGUGAUUGUAUGUGUGAUGUUCUGUUCAGAAUAUGAAAUACAUGCUUUUGAAAUUUAACUUUAUUUAAGAGGGAAGCAGCUUCAGAAUGUGUAUUCAAAAUGGUCCCAGUAAGAAAGACAUUAAAAGGGAACAAAUUUGUUAGUUUUGAAUGAAUCAUAUAUGUAACUUGAUACAUACAAACUAAAAAUGGCUUUUGGCAGCAGUGUUUCAAAUUACUUUUUAAAAAGAGCACUUCAUAUUUAAGCAUAUAAGUAAUUUGUAGACUUAACAUUGUUUAAUAUUUAUUUUAGUCUUAACAUUUAUUCUUACAUUGCAUUAUUUAUUUCUUGAGUUCCAGAACAAUGGUAUCAUUACUAUGUGACUAUAUAUAUAUAUAUAUAUAUAUAUAUAUAUAUAUAUAUACACACAUAUAUAUAUAUGUAGUGUGUGUGUGUGACUAUAUAUUUUAAAGUGUGAUGUUAGAAAAGUUCAUUUCUUUGGUUUUUUUUUUUCUUGACUCUUCUCCUUUCUCAACUAUGUGAUUAUAAGUCUGUCAAUAAAUAUGUAAUCCCACACAGGUCAAAACUAAUAAAACCCAGAAAACUUAUUUACCAAAUUAGACAAUUGAUUCCAUUAAAGUUAGAAGUGAGAAAAAAAGUGUUGAGCAUUGAGGUGUAAAUUUUGCCCAGAUGUAUACCCAAUAUAAAAUAUCUUCUAGUAAAAAUGUAUGUGGCUCUUAUCCCUGCACAUGUUGUUGAGGCAUGAAAAUUGGUAAACAUUCCCCUGCUGUGUAGAACAUAAAAGGGGGGAGCAUUUUUGAAGGUGGUGAGUGGCAUCAAUGCCAGCCAAAGCCCUCAGCGAUCAGCACAGAAGUCUGUUCGGGUGGCACAGAGCCCCCAGUGUCCUGAGUGCACACAUCUGUGCCUUCACGUACAGCCCAGCCCAAGCAGCUUGAGUCACCCUUGUAGAAGCUUGUUCUUUCUGUCUUGUGAAUGCACUUGAUAAUUAAAAAAUAAAAAUACGCAUCUCUGCAGUUUCAGCUCAUUGUUUUGAGAUGCGUACUGAUCCUCUGAUUUCAGUUUUAAUCACAAAGAAUUUCAACAAGUUGCAGAAAGAUUUUAAAUCAAGACAGAUGAAACAUGUCAAGGGAGCUAAACAUCUGCUGAGAUCUCAAUGUUCAUAUGAAAAAUAAAGGGUUAUUUUUAUAUCGCAACUACUGAAGACAAAAAUAACAAUUGAGGCAAAACCAGGAAAAGUUGGUUUUACUCAAAGCCCAGUCCUUCUCUCUUUUGUCCUGUUGACAAAUGAGACUCCAGUUAUGUCCACAAAUAGAUUAAUAAAACAUCUUUACCAUUCUCUCAAACAUGAGAUGGGGUGGGGGCGAUCAUAAAAGUGCCCUCCAAAUAGAAGUCCAAAUUAUAGUCAAGUAAAGGAAUCGGACACAAGAAUCUAUUUGAAGAUUCUAAUACUGCACAUUUUCUUAGUAACAAAUGAGUUUUCUUUGUUUAUCUUCAUUCUGAAAUCAUUGAAUUGUGUCCCAUUUUAUGAAGUCUCUUUUCUCCAAACAAGUAACAUUUUGACACUAUCUUUCUCUAGAUCUAAAUAAUAUUUUUAAGCCAUUCUUACAGAUUUAUUUCCCAAUUGAUUCUACUCUAUCUUGAACAUUAAACUUUCUUCAAUAUCAAAACUAUAUAGUGGAUAAGAUUUGCAAAGCUAGUACAACAAUCAAGUUUUUAAAGGUUUAAGACAUGAAAUAUUUUACACCAUGAUGCAAAUAAAUGUUUAAAAUGCACAUUUUAAAUGAAAUCAGUGUUUUUAAGUGACUAAUACUUGGUACUUUUAAAACCUUAUGUAAGGCUUCUUUCCAGAAAAGCAAAUACUUGACCUUCAUUUUAGUUUUAAGUUACAGGGAAGUUUUAUUGCAAAAAGACGUUUUCACUUUAGGAAGCUCGACAAGAGUAUAUCUGGGAAAUAAUUUACCAUUUCAUAGCUUUAUAUGACAUGUCACUUUAAUUGUAUAUUUAAUUCACAAAUAUUUUUGAGAGUUAGAGUUCUAGGACCUUUAAAUUCAAGACCUUCAACUUGUUUUUUACGGAUUUUAUUUUUAAACCAUCUCUACAUCCAACAUGGGGCUCCAACUUACAACUCCAAGGUCAAGAGUCACAUGCUGUACCGACUGAGCCAGCCAGGUGCCCCAAGACUUUACACUUUUACAUGUAUUUAAAUGAUUUCCAUCGAAGAGCCGUAUCUGUUAAGUAAAUUAUGAGAACAUUUUUCAACAGUCUGACUUUUUUAAGCUAUGUAUUUGUUGAUUUCUGCUUCAUUGAACUCAGGAACAGAAAAUAUUCCCCAAAUCUUCACCUUAUGUAUAUGAUCUCAUUUACUCUUCACAUCAAACCUAUGAGGUAGGUAGACUAUUACCUGCCCUACAAAUAAGGAAACCAAGAUUUUGAAGGUUAAGUAAUUUGUCCAAGUGCACGUGACCAGUGAUGUCACCACAAGUUGUAAAUGGAGAUUGCCAGACUCUACUGGGAGGUCUCUGAAGGGCUGGAUCUCAGUUACUGUAUAGAGUAAAUGCCAGUAAAUGCUUAUUGUUGGAGACUCCAGCACAAGCUAGAAGAAAGAAGCAGUUUGGAUGUACCCACAACCACACUCAGACUAGAAGCAUCUAAUAUGUCUUUAAUGCAACAGAUACCC